GAGGUGAUGUCAUAGGGCGAUGGGCCCCCCCCGGAGGGGGGGAGGCUCAGUGCAGACCCCCGCGCCCACGUUAAAGAGCCUGGAGAGCACGGGGAGGCAGCGCAGGCACCGACAGUGCGGCCUCAGAAUUGUUGCUGCUGCAGACACUCAAGGAUUGCCAAGCCAUGACUCUAGCCGCUUACAAAGAGAAGAUGAAGGAGCUGCCUCUCGUCUCCCUCUUCUGUUCCUGCUUCCUCUCAGACCCCCUGAACAAACCAGCAUACACGUAUGAAGCAGACACGGUAGACCUCACUUGGUGUGUCAUCUCCGACAUGGAAGUCAUUGAACUCAACAAGCGCACCUCGGGGCAAUCUUUCGAGGUCAUCCUGAAGCCCCCAUCAUUCGAUGGCAUUCCUGAGUUCAAUGCCUCACUGCCCCGGCGGCGCGACCCAUCUCUGGAGGAGAUCCAGAAGAAGCUAGAGGCAGCAGAGGAGAGGAGGAAGUACCAAGAGGCCGAGCUGUUGAAGCACCUGGCAGAGAAGCGGGAGCACGAGCGGGAGGUCAUCCAGAAGGCCAUUGAGGAGAACAACAACUUCAUCAAAAUGGCCAAGGAGAAGCUGGCGCAGAAGAUGGAGUCCAACAAAGAGAACCGCGAGGCCCAUUUAGCAGCCAUGCUGGAGCGCUUGCAGGAGAAGGACAAACAUGCAGAAGAAGUGAGGAAAAACAAGGAGCUCAAGGAAGAGGCCUCCAGGUAAAGAGGCGAUGUUUGGACUGACAGCUCCGGGAGGUGUUGGAGGCUGCCGCAGCACCGGGCCAGCCGGCGGAAAGGGACGUCCCUCUGCUUUUGUUGUUUGUGAAUGUACAGAGUUGACCAGUGAAGCCAUCCUAGUCGUUUUGGGGAGGGUGGGGAGGGAGGCGAGCGGACGGGUGGGCUUCGAGGCGACCAUUUCCAUGGGGUCCAUCAGCGCCGCCCGCCCAGGAGGUCGGAAGGAUCCAGCCUGGGGCCGGAGAGGUGGGGAUGGAGUGGGUGGGGAGGGAAAGGGGGAAUGUGCAUUGUGUGUGACUUUCGUUUGGUGCUGGGCAGGCAAGAGCCCCUCCAGCUGUGAUUCUCCUCUGUCCCACCCCAGUGGGGCAAUGGCAUCUCUCAGUGACCCUCCUCUCUCCAUCCCGCCUCAUCUUCAAGGCCUGGAUUUGGAACUUACAGCCCCACAGACCUCACGGCACUGUUUUGAGGAGGGGGCGAGGAGAGCCCUCAUUGGAGGGAGUCCAAAGGCUUUAGUUGGCUGCAGGAUGAUCCUUUCCAAGGGUGAAUUUGGAAAACCCCAUGACUUCCCAAAGAGCUGCUGGAUUUUGUAAGAGAUCUCCCAAGGCUCAUCUUCUCGGGCACUCUUGGAUGAAAUCCCCUUUCAGAGUCAACAGCUUAAAUGGGUGUUAGAAUAGGGAGUGUUGGAGCAGGAGAGGGAAACUGGGCAAGGUUGUGGAAACUGUGAUGGAACAAAAAAAAAACAAAAAAAAAACAAGAGGCAAAGAGGACCAGCAGUGGCAUAGGCUGCCCAGAGAAGCUAUGGGUGCCUCACCCCUGGAGGCACUCAAGGCCAGGUUGGAAGGAGCCCAGGGCAACCUGAUUUGGUGGGUGGCAGCACUGCCCAUGGCAGAAGGUUGGAACUAGAUGAUCUUUAUGGUCCCCUCCAACCUAAGCCAUGCUAUGAUUCUAUGACCCCACGCUGAGAAGCAGGGAUGGGAUACACCCAAUGCAGCCUGACCCGGGCACCUCUAACCCUGCUCCAAACCAAGGUCUCAGUCUCCUCUAUGGCCAGAUAAGGUUCUCCUAGCACUGAUUCAGAUCCAGGGGGAGCCACGUCUUUUCUCAUGCCAUGAGAUUCUUGCCUGGAUCCUGGGGCCGGGGUGGGGCCAGCCUUGAGCCAUGAGGGGCUGUCGAAAAUGGGAGUGUGGGAGAAGGCAGUGUGCGAAGGAGAUGGAGGGGGCUGUUCUAGCUGUGGCACGAGCUGUCCUUUUUUUGUAUACAACAAUUGUAAAUAAACUGCCUUGGCAUUUCUUUUGUUUUCUCAUGA